GGGGGCGAGCUCCAAGAGCUGAGCAUGCGCACAAAAGGUACAACUUGCCCUUCCGGUCACAGCAAAAGCUCGUUAGAAACCCAUAAAUACGCGCUGCGUGAAUAAAUACAAUUAGAACAAUACACCAGGGGCAGGCGCAUGCUCCAAGCCAAAGUGUGAUGCACCCACCAGCUGCCGGUCAAACAAGUCAAUCCAAGUCCAAUCUGCUCGUACACAAAGCAAAUUUAAGAGGAUGCGGCUAGAGCUUCCGGGGCCGGUCCCACUGCCGCUCCGCAGUGGCCAGCUCUCUCUGUUGCGUGAACGGUCCCAAGGCUGCUCAGAGAACGUACAGAAUCCAAAUGACCACGAGGCGCCCCGGAGUCGGAGCCCUCGCAUCCUCCAGCCGCUCCGGUCUGUUCUGGGUCUUGCCAGCCACCUCCACCCGGCGCUGCCUCUCACUAAGUCUUGCCGUGUCCCAGGCUUCACACCCAGCACAGAGCCCAGUUCAGGGCUUGAACUCACAACACUGAGAUCAAGACCAGGGCUGAGAUUGAGAGUUAGAUGCUUAACCAACUGAGCCACGCAGUGGCUUUGGAAUUGGACAAUGUGUGGAGACUCGAAGAAACUUGAGGUUCAUGAUAGAAAAAGCCCAAAAUGCCUUACCUCACUGUUGCAGAAACAGAGAUUUGAAAGGCUGCUUGUGGUAAGGGCUCAGAAGGAGGAACACGUCAAGAGCAACUGGAAGAAGGUCGUGUCCAGAGAGAGGACGAGUUGCCCCAACAUAGGCUGGGAGCUGCAGGGACCUCCCAGGCCAGAACUUGGCGUGAACCAUUGGUGGAGAGUCCCCUGGAAGAGGUGACACUUCCCAGCUUCCCUUUGUGGCCCCUGACUUGACCUGAUGGCACAGGGACAGAGACCAGUGCUUGCUUUUCAGAUGGAUUGCUAUACGGGGGUGACAGGCACCAUCUACGAGUACGGUGCCCUCACGCUCAGUGACGGGGACUACAUCCAGUUCAAGCAGUACGCGGGCAAGGUCGUCCUCUUCGUCAACGUGGCCUCCUACUGUGGCUUGACAGCUCAGUAUCCUGAACUGAACGCACUUCAGGACGAGCUGAAGCACUAUGGCGUGGUCGUGCUGGGCUUUCCGUGCAACCAGUUUGGAAAACAAGAACCAGGAAAGAACUCAGAGAUCCUUUCUGGGCUCAAGUAUGUGCGUCCAGGUGGCGGCUUCGUCCCCAGCUUUCAGCUCUUUGAGAAAGGGGAUGUGAAUGGAGAAAACGAACAGAAGGUCUUUACCUUCCUGAAGAACUCCUGCCCUCCGACCUCGGAUCUUUUGGGCUCACCAGACCAGCUGUUCUGGGAGCCCAUGAAGGUCCACGACAUCCGCUGGAACUUUGAGAAGUUCCUGGUGGGGCCCAACGGGGUCCCUGUCAUGCGCUGGUUCCACAAGGCUCCCAUCAGCACCAUCAGAUCGGACAUCCUGGAGUAUCUGAAGCAGCUAUAAACCAAGUAGAAAGGCCCAGAGGCCGUCAGAAAAAGCCACCUGCCUCCCACCUGAAGGACGUGGUUGAACACUGGGUCCAUCUUUGCUCCACAUGCCUUCCUACCCAGCGUCCCUGUGACCCCGCCAUCCUGGAUAUGAGUGCGUGUUGGUGUGCGUGUGCUGGUGCGUGUGCUUGAGAACAAGGCAACGAAAACCUAUCUCCCCAGCUCUCUGCUCCCCGAAUAUCAGGUUUUUUCCACUGCAUUGCAAAGGAAAAGCAGAUUUCCGGGUAGAUGGCUCAGACUACCAAAUAUCCCUGAAAAAGGUGAUCCCCAGGAGUUCUGGCGUCUGUCCUUCCCCAUCCUGGAGGUUUGAAGAAAGCAGGAACUGGCAGCAAGACCCUCAAGACCCCCUUCAUAACCUCUCCUGUCCUUGAAGAUAGCCCUGGGGUGGAAGCUCUUCCUCUCCCAAGUGAGGCCUUCUGUCCCCCACACCCUGCACACUCCUACAGGGCCUCUGAAGUCCGGGUGAGGGUGGAAACCUGGGGUCCCUGAAGGAAGGCAACGCCCUGUUGGGGGCCCCCGGCCCCUCUGGGUUGGACCUACCCAAGCUUACUUGGUCCCUGUCCCUUAGUGGUUCCAGGGCAGGGAUGUCCCUUCAUUCUGAACUUGGGGCUUUGUCCUCACCCUGAGCCUCCCCCGCCACACACAUACCUCUUCUCAUCACUGACUCAAAUAAAGGAAAUUCUGCAGCAGAGUUGGUUUCCCGAGGUGUCUCCCCGCUCCCGGAUUACAUCCCUGCACCCUCAGUAUUUUGUGUUUCC